AUGCUCUCCCUCUCCCGCCGGCGCAAUGCGGGCGAUUUGCUCGGUACGAUUUUUCCGGGGUACAAGGAGAAACUGUGGGCCAAGUACUCGGUGGACAUGAAGAAGCAGAUGAUCGGGCGCCAAAACGACAAGUUCGAGAGUAUCGAAAGGAAAAAUCCCCCUUCCCAAUAUCGAAACGAAGUUUCUGAUGCUGAAUCUGCGCUACACAAAUCAGAUUUGUCUUGCAGAAAGUGCUUGGCGGCAUUUUCUGAACCUGUUUGAUCAUGCAGAAGGCUAGCAAUUGCGCAUGGCAAACAGGUUUGCAGUAGUCGAACGCGCAUGACAGACUUGCUCACGAACGCGUUAAAUGCUUCCUAUGACCCUAUAUGCAAGACAAAGAUGAUUUGUGGCCACAAAUCUGCAUCACCACAUGAUUUGUGGCCACAAGACAAAGAAGAUUUGUUGGGGGUGAGGGACCCCCAACGAGGUCUGCGGAUAUCGGGAGGAAAACAGGCAUAAAUCUGCAUCACAAAUUUCUGUUUUGAUAUGGGGAGGGGGGAUUUUUCCUUUUGAUAGAGAGCGCGCUGAAGACCCACCAACAGUGGGGCAAGAUGCUGACCAGCUACAAGACCUACGAAAAGUCCUACGAGCCAACCUACAAGUCCCGCAAACCCUCGGUGGACUGGCGGCGCCAGGAAAUCCGGGGGACGUUGCACGCCGGAAAAUUUUACGAGGGCCCGGCCAUCGGGACGGGCGGUGCCGCGGUUGCGGCCAUCCCUUCGGACUACACGCCCGGGAAUACGUUUGACCGCAUGUCCGCGAACUUCCCGAACAAUCUGUUUUCGGAGGAGGAGUGGAAAAUGCGCAAGCAGUACCGCUCCUGGGACAUGGUGAAAGUGCUGUACUACAUGACUGGCGGACUUUUUCUCUACCGAUUGACAACCGAGUGGCCGGUCGUGUGGUGCUGAUCAGAGGUCGUGCCGUGGUGUACAGAGCAAAUAAGCUGAUUUUGAUGUAUGGGGCUGUUCUGGAGAGCAGUGGUUCAAUCGAUAGUGGCAAUGCCUAUAGAAAUGGUGAGCGGGCUGCUGUAACGUGGAAGGAGAUGACUACACUUUUUUGAAGAAAGCCAAAGCAUCAUUGUCAAGGGCAAUCGCAAUUGCCGAAGAUACUAUGUACUUAGACGUCAAGAUGACUCCUACCCGAAGUCGAAACGUUGUUCGUAUUCGUUUUCAAUUUUGUACUAAACACCGAUUAGCGUAGCCGCGUUCUUUUUCCCAAUAUGAAUGCGACGAUUUUUGUUUC